AUGCAAUCUCAAAACCAACCGCCCACGCCACAACGUCGCCAACAGCGUCCGCAGCCGCUGCAACAGCCGGAGAAUGUUGGCAGAACAAAACUACCUGCAGGUAUUAUGAUGCUCUCUCCAAAGGAUGCUGUCAGCCCCCGUCCUGUUCUCGGGCAACUAAGUAACGCCAACAACACUGCUCCUCCAAAUAAUUCUAGUGACGAUGAUUCUAAUACGAACUCCCAAUUCUCUGGCACGGCAAAGUCAAAGCAUUCCUACGGAGUUCCAGAAGCAUCUCCUUCUCCUGACAAAAUAUGGAAAACUCCUUCUGCUGCAUCCUCUCAGCACGACUCGCCUGACCUUAGUCGAUAUCGCUCACAGAUGCAAAGCUCUCCUUCUGGUUAUCCAAGUCCUACAGACACAGACAUGUACAUGGAUGAGGAGCAGAGCACAGCAAGUACAGCAACACCAAUGGAGGCACCCACUGACAUGUAUACCUUCGCCACCGCUGCAGCUAGCAUUAUGCAACAGGCAAGAGAAGAGGAAGACGCGCAGAGCGUUUCUGAUGCAUCCUCUGCUGCGUCUGCAGAUGCCACUCCAUUGAAGAAUUAUCGGUCUUCUGCCCCUGUACCAAACCGGAACGAGACAUCAGUUAUGGAUAGCUAUCGCAAUACUAUGCUUGGCACUCCGCCAGCUCCAUCAAUGAUGGCGCAAACAGAUAAAUAUGGCAAUGAUCUCAAUCCUUUGUCGCCAUUCCGGACUGACUACACGUACUCGGAGGAUGAGGAUGAAAGUUUCUUGGAUAUUUCUUCGGACUCAUCCACGCAUCAUGGUGGAUUGUAUGGCUCAAUGUACACCCCCAGACCCACGACUACACCAAAGCCGAACUUUCCAGGCGAUCGAGAUGACACGCCAGUCAAAACAAAUAUUUCCCCCAAACUCUCGGUGGUAUCGCCCUAUCGACCAGGUGCUCGAGAGACUCCUCCAGAUGAAUCUGCGAUUGAUUGGCAGAACUACCAUGACAGCAGUCCUCCUAGGGGUUUGCCCAGCAUGUUAGGGGAUUCAGGUUCAUGCGAUUACAGUGGCGCAGAGUUAGAGUCGCCAGCUCGGUUCCUCAAAUCAACUAGAGAAGAGGAAACCCCUGUAGUGGAGGAGCCAACUAAGAUACUACAAGAGGAAACAUCAGCAAUGGAUAAAACUCCUGAAGCUAAGGAAGCGUCGAAUCAGAAUGCUCCUGACUUGGAUCAAUUUUAUUCGAAACCUGGUCUUGAGUCCCCUGGCGAAAGAUCAAUCGUCUUCGCCUUGGAUGACUGCAAAACUUUGGCAAAAAUUCCCGAGACCCCGGGCGCCAAGUCGAUUGAAUUCUCUCUUGAUUUGUGUCAAGCGGAUCCUGAACUCGCAAUGAAGCCGUUCCUCAAGCUGUCAAACUCCAAAGACAGCACCGCUCCCGAAGACGAUAUUCUCGAAGAUGGCAUGUUUAAGCCAGUCGUAUCAAAGAAAAGUCGAUCAGCGUCCAAUGGUGCAACUGCGCUUUUUGCUUCCAAAAAAAAGAAAGGCAGAGGUGACAAGGAAGCAUCUUCUUCUCCGUCUACUGGGGCAAACGUACAAGUUGGUAGCGAUGAUGACAAACCAAAAACAUGCUGUUUCAACUUCUCAUUACGCUGCAAGUUGUUUGGAAUCCUAUUCCUUGCGCUAUUGGUCGCUGUGCCCAUGCUCAUUGGAUUGUAUAGAGACAAAACGACGGGUGACGGUGACUUUUUGUCUGAGGAAGCGAAUAAUUUCCAAGCAACCGACUUUCCUUCGAUCUCACCUCCUAAUGUUGGUACAGAAACGACGGGAGCACCAACUAUUGAAAGAUCUACAUCGAAGAGACCUACAAACAAGAGGACUCUUGAACCAACUCUUCCAACCGUCGAAACCAAAGCACCGACAUUAACACCAAUUGCUGAUCCAACUUUGGCUCCAGUUGCCGCCCAAACACAAACACCAACGCAAGCGCCUACAAAGGUCCAAACAGGCCUGCCUACAACCGCCCCAGUCGCUUCUCCAACUCAGGACCCAACAAAGCGCCCAACAAGUGUACCGACGCUCACUACAUCAGGUGUUCCAACAGCUGUUCCAACACAAAUGCCUACCAAGCGCCCAACCAGUGUACCAACGCUCAUAGCAUCAGGUGUUCCAACAGGUACUCCAACAGAAAUGCCUACCAAGCGCCCAACCAGUGUACCAACGCUCAUAGCAUCAGGUGUUCCAACAGGUACUCCAACAGAAAUGCCUACCAAGCGCCCAACCAGUGCUCCGACGCUGGCAGCAUCAGGAGUUCCAACACAAACGCCUACCAAACGCCCAACCAAUGUACCCUCUCUCAAUCCAUCGAUCACAGCAACAGCGAUGCCUACAAUUCGUGAAACUGAUCAAGCGACCCCCACACCCUCGUUAUCCCAAACUCGUCGACCAACUACCGGCGCUGCUCCAAUUGGACGCCCUAGUCGACCACUUUCCGAUGGCAAUGCCCCAAUUGGGCGUCCAAGUUUGGGGUCCACAACUACUGUCGGUAUGGAACCAGAACCAACCCUUUCCCCAAUCUGGUCUGCCUUACUAGUCGACGAUGCUGUGGAUGACACCAAUUUAGGCGAGACUCAUUGGCCUCAAUUCGAAAGCAAAGAUGGGUUGCGAUUGGAAAUUCUAAGCACGCUUGACGACCAAUGGAAGCCAGCACUUGAUACAACUGUCAGUGAUUGGAAUGCAUUUGGGUCGGUAGAGCUGACUGUCGCCGUAUCUCCACCUGAUGAAGAAUGUGAACCAGUUUGGGGCAAAAUCAAGAUUUGUAAUGAUGACUUUGGAGAAACGAACUGGAGAUCAUCCAUUGAAGUAUACUUCCGAAGUGAUAAUAUUUUUUCCGUCUCGAUUCGAGUGAACGACUUUUACAAAAUUGAUCAAGGAUGGGCACAGUACACACUUUGCCAUCAAUUGGGACAUGCCUUUGGACUUGGAAAUGCUUUGGAGCUGAAUUGUAUGAGACCUGUCAGUCUAUUCAGCGACGCAGUGUCUAUUCAGCUCCAGGCACCAGACCAAAGCAUUGGCGAGCUUCUGGACGAUGCUUACGGAUCUAUCAGCGGUGGUCAGAGAAGUUUGCAACGAAAAAUGAAGCCGGUUGGCCAUUUUGACAGAGUGGCGAGGUACCACGUCUAG